AGUGGAAUUGAUCGACUGCAACAUGAGGGCUGUAGUGGUGCUGGCGUUAUGCGCCUUGGCUACUGCCAGUGCUGGUGUAGAGGAUGUGUUAGGUAAAAUGGACAUCAAACAGAGACAACUUAUAAUUCUAAAAUUAUUGGAUCAUGUAACGGAACCGGUAAUAUACAAGGAAAUCCAGGAAAUUGGUGUGAACUUUAAUUUGGAAGAAAAUGUUGAAUUAUUCACGAAAAUUGAGGUUGUUAAUCAUCUACUGGAUUUAAUUAGAAUAGGUGUAUUACCUCGUGGAGAAGUUUUCACACUCCAUGUUCCACGUCAUAUGGAGGAAGUGAUUACCAUGUUCCAUGUACUAUUUUACGCCAAAGACUUCGCAACUUUCGUUAAAACAGCGUCUUGGAUGCGCCUUAACCUUAACGAAGGCAUGUUUGUCUACGCUCUUACUGUUGCAGUCAGACACCGUCCCGAUUGCAAGGGAAUCAUCUUACCUCCACCAUACGAAAUUUAUCCAUACUUCUUCGUCCGCGGAGAUGUGAUCCAAAAAUCAUACUUGAUUAAAAUGAAGGAAGGCCUUCUAGACUACAAGCUCAGUGAACACUAUGGGAUUAAAAAGACAGAAAAAGAUAUCUACAUUAUAGAUGAAAAUAUGUAUGAUACACGAGUCUUUCUUAACAUUGAAGAUAAGCUUAGAUACUUUACUGAAGAUAUCGACCUAAACACUUAUUAUUACUAUUUUCAUGUAGAUUAUCCAUUCUGGAUGAAUGAUGAAGUUAUGAGUAAGGUUAAUAAAGUCAGACGUUUCGAACUUACAAUAUACAUGUACCAACAAAUACUUGCGAGGUAUAAUCUUGAACGACUUUCAAAUGGACUACCUGAAGUAGAACCAUUGGCACUAAACGAACCUUUAAAAAAUGGAUACUGGCCUUGGUUAAUGUUGCAUAAUGGAAUUGAAGUUCCUGUAAGGUUAAAUAACGUUGAUGUUACUACUGAGGAUAAUGUCAAUAAUUUACUUUUAAUUGAUACUUACGAAUCGAUGAUAAAAGAAGCUAUCAUUAAAGGAUAUGUCACCAUUGAUAGUGUUAAAUUGGAACUCACCACAUCAAAAGACAUAGAAACUCUUGGCAAAAUAAUCUAUUCUGAUAUGACGAUACAAGCACGGGACCUGACAAACCGAAAUAUGAUUUUUACAUCUUAUCGGUACUUACUAAUUAUUAUGAAAUCUGUCCUCGGCCUUAACGCGUUAGUUCCUGACAGUCUAUUUGUGACAACGACGGUGUUAGACCAUUAUGAAACUGCUCUUCGAGAUCCUGUAUUUUACCAACUACAAAAACGUCUUCUUGACAUUGUCAUUUUGUUCAAACUACGUCUUCCCAGUUACACUAAAGAAGAACUUGGGUUUCCUGGAGUAAGAGUAGAGAAUGUAGUAGUUGAUAAGCUUGUAACAUAUUUUGAUGACUAUUUAAUGGACAUUACAAAUGUGGUCAAACUGACUGAAGAAGAACUUAAGAAGAGCGCUUCCGAUGUAAAACUCAUGGUACGCAAACAACGUCUCAACCACCAACCUUUCAAAAUCAAUAUUGAUGUCGUUUCUGAUAAAACAGUUGAUAGUGUUAUUAGAAUAUUUUUAGGACCGAAAUUUGAUACAUUUGGGCGACUGAUUGAUUUGAACAAGAACCGUUUGAACUUUGUCGAAAUCGACAGUUUUCUCUAUAAAAUAACGACAGGUAAAAAUACGAUUGUAAGAAACUCAGUAGAUAUGCAUAAUUUAGUACGCGAUCGUAUAAUUACACGUGAUAUUUGGAAGAAAAUUGAAACAGUAACUGAGAUGAAAGGCCUUUUGGUUAAAGAUCUGAAAAAUUUCCACACUGGGUACCCUAGUAGACUACUUCUUCCCAAAGGUCAAAUUGGGGGUAUGGAAUUCUUACUAUACGUAAUUGUUAGUCCACUAAAGAUGUUAGAUAACAUAAAUGAAAUAGAUGAAGAUGUUCUAAAUGUAAAUCAUAAAGUUGUUGAAUAUAGAUCCACUGUUCUUCUAGAUAAAAUGCCACUGGGUUUUCCAUUUGAUCGUCAUAUUUUACCUGUUAAAUUCUUUACUCCUAACAUGAAAUUUGUAGAUAUUAUGGUUUUCCACAAGAGACAGGUAUCUGAUAUGAAAGCGCGAUGGGAACGAUGGGUGCUAAGGGACUACAUGUUGGAGAAGACACCAGCAAAUUUAGACUCUUAUUUUAUCGACUCUGACGUUACUAUGAAACUUGUUAAUCGUGACAUCAAAUUAGUGGAUUUAUUACAAUAAAUUGUAUAGGUCCAAAUUUCUAAUGAUUCUUUUUAUACUAGUGUGUUUAAUAAAUUUCAAAUUAUGACAAUGGCUUCUUUAUUUCCUAGAAUAUUAUCUUUAAAUUGUUUAUUUCUCUAAUAUACUAACAUCAAAUUUCA